UGAAUUGGACUAAACGUAGCAUAUUUUUUGAUUUGCCUUACUGGAGCAAACUUAAGUUAAGGCACAAUCUAGAUGUAAUGCACAUUGAGAAGAACAUAUGCGAGAAUAUAGUGGGAACCUUGUUGAAUAUAGAUCGCAAAACAAAAGAUACUGACAAGGGAAGACAAGACAUGGAGGACAUGAACAUCCGCAAGGAGUUACAUCUUAUAAUGACGAGUGAUGGAAAAUAUAAAAAGCCACAUGCAUGUUAUGUAAUGACAAAAAAAGAAAGGCAUGAAUUCUGUGAGUUUUUGAAAUCUGUUAAAUUUCCAGACGGGUAUGCCUCUAAUAUUUCUCGAUCUGUUACGUCAUGUGAUGAUAAGAUAUCUGGAAUGAAAAGCCAUGAUUGUCACGUACUCUUACAACGGUUACUUCCAGAUGGUAUUCGUGGCUCAUUAAAGAAGGAAGUUACUGAUGUCUUGGCGGAGUUAGGAAUUUUUUUUCAACUGUUAUGUUGUAAAAAGCUGAAGAAAUCUGAUUUAGAGAAGAUGAGAGCUGAUAUUUGUCUGAUUUUGUGUAAGCUGGAAAUGAUAUAUCCUCCUUCCUUUUUUUAUGUUAUGGUUCAUUUAUGUAUCCAUCUACCGUAUGAGGCGUUGAUUGGUGGUCCAGUUCAAUUUAGAUGGAUGUACCCGAUCGAACGAUUUCUAGGUGGACUAAAGCAAAGUGUCCGAAACAAGGCCCAUCCGGAAGGUUCAAUCGCAGAAGCAUAUAUUGCAAAAGAGAGUUUGACGUUUUGCUCGAUGUACUUACACGGGGUAGAAACUAGAUUUAAUCGAGAUGAUAGAAAUAAUGAUAUAUCAUCUGAUGAUGCUUUAUCAAUCUUUUCACAAAACUGUCGGCCUUUUGGAGCAGCAACAUAUGCUGAAUUAUCAAAAGAUGAACUCACAGCCACCCAAUGGUUUGUCUUUCAAAACUGUGAAGAAGUCGAACCAUAUAUUGAAUUGCACAAGGAAGAGCUUCUCCUAUCCGGGUGUGAAAAUAUUGAUGAACAACACAAGGACAAAUUUCCUACGUGGUUCAAAAACCGG